AUGGCCACAGCCAUCAAGCCCUUCACUUACGAGAAUGGCUUCAAGGAACCCUCCACGGGUGCUCCAUGGAUUAAAGAAUAUCAACCUGGCGAGGAGACACCUUCCUAUGUCGUCCCUCCAUCGGUGGACCUUCUCAGUAGCACUGUGCACAACCACCUCGGAGAGAACGUUCAACGAGUUUGGCCUACACUUGCCGAUGGCACCAAUAGCCCACACGGAGCCCCGGAAUGGUAUAAAAAGGAAAAGGAGGUUGACGUAUUGAUAUGCGGAGGUAAAUACCCCCUAAAAGCGCACUCAUGUCUCGAACCUAUUAAUAACUUUUCCUCACAGCGGGUCCUAGUGGUCUCGAGGUUGCAUUGAGCUUGAUCCGUCAGGGUGUUUCCUUCCGCAUUGUUGGCAAGUAAAUUAUGAUAACCCUUCCGAAAUCCUUGAACUAAUAUCCUAUAGACAAAGCUCCAGGGCCGCUACUUGCUGGGCGUGCCGACGGUGUCCAGCCUCGCUUCUUGGAAACUCUUCAUCGGUGGGGUCUGGCCGAGGAGGUCCACGAGGAGGGCCCAUUGAUUGAACGUACUGCUAUAUACAAGGAUGGGAAGAAGGUUCUUUUCGGGCGCUCUCAUCAAUCUGAUUCCCGCUACCGAGGACUUCAUAUUAUCACCCAGGGCCAGAUUGAAAGAAUUUUUAUCAGGGAUUUGUAUCGCCACCACAAACUGGUAGAACGCUUGACAACUAUCAAGGACUUUGUGGUUGAGGAUAAAGGAGAAUAUCCGGUAAAGGUCACUUUGACUAAUGAAAAGACAGGAGAGGAGGAGGAAGUAAGAGCCAAGUUCUUGGUGGGAAGUGAUGGUGCCGGAAGCAGAAUACGAAAGAGUGUGAACAUCUCCUUCGAUGGUACAAGCACCAACAUUUAUUGGGGUAUUAUGGACUGUGUUUUUGAAACCGAUUAUCCCCAUGCUUGGAUGUUUGGGUAUAAAUCCUCCACGGAUAGCCCUUUUAUUACCGAUUGACUGACCUUCGAACAGUUCCGUCAUUAGCUCAAAGCACGGUGGGUGUGUCAUCAUUCCCCGUGAGGAUGGAUACAUCCGUCUGUAUACCCAGCUCGACACCUCUGCUACCGGAGAACUCGCCAAGUCUCGUCAACAGUCAGAUUCCACCUUUGCCGAAGCCGGCGGCAGCGUCGAUGUGCACUCCAUCACCCCCGAUGAAGUUCUAGAGCAAGCCAAUAGAAUAUUCGCCCCCUACAAGCUCAAGUUCGCCAGUACUCUUUCCUGGUUUGCAAUCUGGAAAAUCUCAGAGCGCGUUGCCGCCAACUACUCGUACAAGAACCGUGUUCAUCUUGUCGGGGAUGCUGCGUAAGUUUCUGUCAUCCCGAGGAAGCCGAAUUAGAGUUAAUCGGUUAUUUGAGAUUAGGCACGUCCACUCGGUCAUGGGUGCUUUUGGUCUUAACGCUUCUAUCCUGGACGCUUCCAACCUAGCGUGGAAAUUGGGAUUCUGCGCUGCCAACCAAGCCUCGAUCCCCAAACUCCUGCCCACCUAUGAAAAUGAGCGGCGUAGACACGCUGUCCGCAUUAUCGAAACAUCGGGAGUCUACCUCCGCUUCGUCUGCAACUCCACUCUCCCACCAGUGAACCUCAAGGGAGUUGGUACGGAUCCUCGUGAGGAUGAGCUCAACCGGCCCGAGAAACCCGAUCCAGCUGCCGGUGAAGAGAACGAAGAUCUUGCCUUCCUCAAGCGCUUCUAUGCCCAGAAUGGGCCUUUCCUCCUCGGUGUGGAUGCAGCGUACGGUAACAACGUCUUGAAUCCUCCCCGUUCUACUGGGCCUCACCCAGUCUCUGUUAAGAACGGUGUUCGCGCCCCCAACCCCCGUGUCUGCUUUUCGCAGGCCAAGACCGGUUAUCUCUAUGAUGCCCUUGCCGGGCCCUCAAAGAUCAACAUCAUAGUUUGGGGUUCUGACCUCGAGGGCCCGAUCCGCAAGCAUCUCGUGACCUUCGCAAAGGCUCUCGCCGACCCUGUAUCGUUCUAUAACCGGUUCGGUGGCACGGAGCGAUUCAACAUCGUUCUCGUUACUAAGGGUACUCCACUAGAGGCCGCGCCAAAGUUGGCUAAGGGCUCUGACCUCGCGCCUUUCAGGGAAAUCGGAACCAUUCUUUAUGACGAUAGAGCACCAGAUGAAGAUGCCCACACUUGCUACGGUGUCGAUCAUGCUAAGGGUGCCGCUGUUGUCGUCCGACCCGAUAUGUGGACCGGAAUAAGUGCCUUCCCCGAUCAGGUUGACAAGCUCGGCGAGUACUUUGCAGGUUUCUUGACCGAGACCGGGAGCAUCCCAAUCAAGGAGAAUACUAGUCAGGAGGUCUUUGUCACCGCUACCAGUGGGAGGGCUUAA